AUGGCAGCAACCGUCGCCUCCGCCGCCGCAGACUCCUUAUUACGCAAAAUAACGUUGGCCAUUGAGAAUGAGGCUUCACUGAUCGGAGGGCUCCGUGAUGAGCUUGAUGCAAUCAAGCGAAAGUUAAAGAGCAUGAGAUCUGUUCUAGAAGAUGCUGAUGAAAUGGAAGUCCUCAGUCGAGUAGAAAAAGACUGGGUGGAUAACGUUAGAGACAUAUCUGAAGAGGUUGAAGAUGUGUUAGAUGAGUUCACAUAUCAUAUGAACAAACAACAAAAUGGGGGCAAAUUCACGAGGCUUCUUUACCAGACAGUUCUCCUUCCGAAGAGUCUAUUGGUGAGGCACCGAGUAGCCACAAAGUUUCAAGAGAUCAAUAGAAAGAUAACAACCAUUGAUGAAACAAGAAGAAGCUUUGCUGUCGACGGAAGCGAAAGACAACACCGUGUUGAUUAUCAACAAUUACGGCUAAAUCGCGCAGAGUCUUCUCGUUUCAUCGAGGAAGAAAAAUUGGUAGGGAUCGAGAAUGAUAAAGAGCUUCUAGUAACAUGGCUGACCAAUGAAUCACUAGAACGAACCGUCAUUUCAAUGGCGGGAAUGGGUGGUUUAGGCAAGACCACCCUAGUCUCCAAAGUCUACAAUUCCCAAGUUGUAAGGCAGCAUUUUCACUGCUAUGCAUGGAUCACCAUCUCCCAGAAAUAUGUUGUUGAGGAUUUAAUGAGAAGAAUGAUCGAAGAAUUUCAUAAUUCUACACAAGAAGCAAUUCCUACCAAUUUAAACACGAUGAGGUUCACAGAACUAGUCAGUGCGCUGAGAAACUACUUGCGGACGAAAAGGUACAUAGUUGUCCUAGAUGACGUAUGGAGUAGUACGCUCUGGGACGAUAUCCGCGUAUCUCUUCCAGAUGAUGGGUCGGGAAGUCGGGUAAUGCUUACAACACGAGAUAUUAAUAUAGCUUCAUUGAAUUUCGGAGUCCAAAGCAAAAUUCACCACCUAAGACCAUUGGAGAAGGAAAAUGCGUGGGAUCUCUUUUGCAUGAAAGCAUUCUCCAACAAGCCGGAGAGAUGUUGUCCUCAGGAGCUCGAAAUCUCAGCUAAGAACCUCGUCCUCAAAUGUGGAGGACUACCUCUGGCCAUUGUGGCUUUAGGUGGUGUCAUGUCAUCAAAGGAACAUGUAUCAGAGUGGAAAAAGGUUAAUGAUAGCUUGGAUUUCGAGCUGAGGAACAACCCUGACUUGCAAUAUAUGCAAGCCAUCUUGUUACUUAGCUUCUAUGAAUUGCCAUACAAACUGAAGCUAUGCUUCUUAUAUUGUUGUUUAUUUCCAGAAGAUUAUGUGAUCAAGCGAAAGAGACUCAUUAGACUUUGGAUGGCAGAAGGACUUGUUGAAAAAGCAAGCAGAAUAACACCAGAAGAAGUAGCUGAGAGCUAUCUUAAAGAACUCACUCAGAGAAACAUGCUUCAAGUCGUGAUGAGGAACCUCUUUGGAAGGCCAAGAGAAUUUAAGCUACAUGAUCUUCUAAGAGAAAUUGCUCUUUCAAUGUUGGUGUCCGAGAAAUUUGGUGCUCUUUAUGAUGAUCAAAAAGCAAGUGAAGAGUGUGGAGCACGUCGUUUGUCGAUCCAAACAAUAAAAAAGCAAAUAAAAUCAUUGAAGGGCGUGUCACAACUCCGUUCUCUUCUCGUGUUCACUGUUGAUACGGUUUCUCCAUCUAUAGAAAAACUACCAUCAGGGUUUAGAUUGUUAAGGGUAUUGGAUUUACAGGGCGCGCCAGUUCUGAAAUUGCCGAAGGAACUAGUGGAUCUACUCCAUUUAAGGUAUUUGAACCUGAGGGGUACUAAGGUGGAGAAGCUUCCAAAAUCAAUUGGAAGGCUUCGCAACCUUCAAACACUUGACGUUCGCAAUUCAAGAAUAGAAAUGCUUCCAGCUGGGAUUGCACAGUUGCAAAAUUUGCGGCAUCUAUUAAUGUACCGUUCCAUUGUUCACUAUGAUGCCGAUUAUAAUAUUUAUUGUGGCCUACCAGCCCCAUCAAAUAUUUGUGAGUUAGAGAAUUUGCAGGUCCUGGAUUGUGUUGAAGCGGAAGAGAAUUUAAUAAGACGCAUUAGAAGCAUGACGCAACUCACAAAGCUUGGCAUUACAUGGGUAAGAGAGGCUGAUGAGGAAGACUUGUGCAUCGCAAUCCAAAAUAUGAAUCUCCUUCAUCACUUACUCGUGACUGUCAUUGAUGAAGAAAAAUUCUUGCGAAUGGAUGCGCUACCUGAAGCUCCUCCAACCCUAAAAUCCAUGUUAUUAGCAGGGAAAUUAGAGAAGGUUCCCUAUUGGUUUCCUUCACUUCAAAGCCUCACGUUAUUGCAUUUGCAUUGGUCCAGAUUGACACAAGAUGUGCUUCCUUUCAUUGAAGGCUUACCUAGACUGGGAAGGCUUGAACUUAAUAAUGCAUAUUCUGGAAGCCAGUUACACUUUGCUGCAGGGUUCAAAAGCCUAAAAAUUCUAUACUUGAUCAAUCUCCCUCACCUGAAGGAGAUAAUAAUAGAGCAUGGAGUGAUGAAAGAUCUCGGAGAACUUUUCAUACACCGUUGUAUGGAGUUAAAGACAUUGCCUUGUGGCAUUGAACAUCUUGCUUGCCUCCAACAUUUGCAAUUUAGGAUGGUUUCAAGUGAGCUUGUCCAACGGAUACGUGGAGCACAGAGUGUGGAUCGCUCAAAAGUUCAACAUAUACCAUUUAUCAAGCAUUACUACCGAUCACAGUCUGGGAGAGUUCAGAUAGAAAACUUGUCCUAA